AUGAUUCAACAACAGCCUGCACCGACGCCAUCAAUAAUGUUCAGUAAUCACGGACCGUCCACCUCUUCAAACAAAGCAAAGAAAGCUGUAUUUCUCACAGCACAGGCUAGGCUCCAGUUCCACUACACCAGCCCAGGCUGGACACCUGGGAUCAGGAGGCACCGCAGCAAGUUACACACGUUCAACACGCGUGCAGCAGCAUACGGUCAUCACUCUGACAAAAACUUACACCCAACGCCCCUCAAAACAAAAAACUGGAAACAAGCACCACGCGCACAAACAACAAUAUUCAUGCUGGUACACUAA